AUGGCACCGAUCCUAUACACCCUCCUCAAAAGGGACGACUCUGACUCUACCGAUUCUUCCUCUGACUCUUCUUCCUCUGACGGUUCCGACAGUUCCGACAGUUUCAGUUCCAGUGGGAGUUUCUUGGAUGAACAUGGGAAACAGAUAUACAUCGCCCUAACAAUCCUAUCCAUCCUCCUCCUCUCCCUCCUCCUCUUUCUCUACUCCAAACACCGUCUCGCCUUCCCGCCGUUCAACCAGAAACGAUGUGCUGUUUGCAAACACGGUAUAGCUAAAUCACAGAAGGUUGAUGAAGACUACUUUAAGAACGACGACGACGACGACGACGGAGGAGGAAAAGGAGGAGGAGGAGGAAAAGGAGGAGGAGGAGGAGGGGGAGGAGGAGGAGGAGGCAAGGGGAAGGGGAAGGGGUGGAUCUGUAGGAAAUGCCAGGAAGAGAGGGAGGAUGAAGCGCUGGAGGAGGAGCUGGAGAAGGAAGGUCUUGGUUCUGGUUCUGGUAAGAAGCGCAAGAGCAAGGGCGUGAGUGAAGGAGGCGGGAGAAGUAAGGGCAGGAGGGAUGAAGAGGGUGAAACCGAGCGGGAGAAGGAGGGGAAAGCUACUAGUAAGAGACGAGAGGGGAAAGGUAGUAAGAGGGGAGAGAGGGAAGAGAAAGGCAGAGGUCAGCGCGAGACAAGGGAAGAAGACGAAGACUUGCAAUCCCCUCCUACAAAGAACGACCGCCGACCGUCCAAGGCGAGGGAAGAGAAGAGCCGAAAGGCACAAGUGGAGAGUGAUAGCGAGAGUGAUUAUUAG